CCCCCAAAGCUCAGCUGUGGAGGUUUCCUUGUGCUUCCCACACAGGUGUCAAGAGGCUGGAGAGCAGCUGGCAUGGGCGGCCCACCUUGGAGAAGGAACGAGAGAAGACCUCCGCGCCCCCGCAUCGCAGGGCUCAGAAGGUCAUGGUCCGCUCCAGCAGCGACAGCAGCUACAUGUCUGGUUCCCCAGGGGGGAGUCCUGGCAGUGGCAGCGUGGAGCAGCCGCCCUCUGACCUGGAAGUCAGCAGGCACAGCCCCAGCCUGUCCCCCGUACAGGACCCAGGGGCGCUUCCCCUGGUGUCUUCCAGGCUGGCCCAGGGGAGCCUGCCCCUCCUAGAGAGCCAGGACGGCCACCCGCCCCUGAGACUGAAGAAAUCCUUUGAGAUCUUAGUGAGAAAGCCGACAUCCUCCAAGCCCAAGCCUCCACCCAGAAAAUACUUUAAAAGUGACAGUGACCCUCAGAAGAGCCUGGAAGAGAGAGAUAACUCCUCAUGCCCUUCUGGGCAAACCUUGCCUGCCUGUGGCCAGGAAGCCAGAGAGCUGCUGCCACUGCUGCCGCCACAGGAAGACACAGCAGGGAGAGCCCCCCACACCACUGCCUGCUGCCCAGGACCUGGAGUCGGCCUGCAGACCACGUCCUCCACCGAGGGCGAGUCAGGGCGGAGAAGAGCCAGUCCAGUGACCCAGACAUCCCCAAUAAAACAUCCACUGCUUAAGCGGCAAGCUCGGAUGGACUAUAGCUUUGAUACCACAGCCGAAGACCCCUGGGUUAGAAUUUCCGACUGCAUCAAAAACUUAUUUAGCCCCAUCAUGAGCGAGAACCACAGCCACAUGCCACUGCAGCCCAGUGCCAGCCUGGGUGAAGAAGAUGGAACACAGGGCCACACCAACGGGACCCAGCCGAAGCCGGAUACUGCCAAUGGUGCACCCAAAGUUUACAAGUCAGCAGACAGCAGCACUGUGAAGAAGGGGCCCCCGGUGGCCCCCAAGCCAGCCUGGUUUCGUCAAAGCUUGAAAGGCUUGAGGAAUCGUGCUCCUGACCCGAGAAGACUGCCUGAUGCGGUCUCGUCUGCCCAGCCAACACCUGCUGCCAGAGAGCACCCGGGACCACAGUCUCGGGUCUCCUCCUCCUCCAUCAAGCAGAGAAUCAGCUCCUUUGAAACCUUUGGCUCUUCUCAACUUCCUGACAAAGGAGCACAGAGACUGAGCCUCCAGUCCUCCUCUGGGGAGGCUGCAAAACCUCCUGGAAAGCAAGAGGGAGGACGGUUUUCUGGCCUCUUGGGGCGAAGGCCUCCACCUACUCUUGACCACCAGCAGCCUAGGCAAGAGCAACUGACCCUGGAGCCCCCUGCCUCCUCAGAGAUCAGAGACCCAGGUGUGUCUGAGUCCCCUCCUCCAGAGCGACAGCCCAGUCAGAGACCCCUUCCCGCUGACCCAGACCCUCUCUUGAGGCUGCUGUCAACACAGAAGAUAGAGGCAUCUCAAGGGCCCGUCCUCAAGAAGCCAAGCCAGCGGGCACGGAGCUUCCCCCUGACCAGGUCCCAGUCUUGUGAGACGAAGCCACUGGAUGAGAAGACAAGCAAACUCUACUCCAUCAGCAGCCAAGUGUCAUCAGCUGUCAUGAAAUCCUUGCUGUGCCUUCCAUCUUCAGUGUCCUGGGGCCAAACUCCCUGCAUCCCCAAGGAAGGAGCGUCACCAACACCAUCCUCCAAUGAAGACUCGGCUGCAAAUGGUGCUGCUGAAACGGCUGCCUCGGACACGGGGUUCUCACUCAACCUUUCAGAGUUGAGAGAAUAUACAGAGGGUCUCACUGAGUCCAAGGAUGCCGAUGACAGGGACCACUGUGCCCCUCAGUCUGGUCAGUCGGUUAUCUCCCUGUUGAGCUCAGAAGAACUAAAGAAACUCAUUGAGGAAGUCAAGGUUCUCGAUGAAGCAACAUUAAAGCAAUUAGACAGCAUCCACGUCACCAUCUUACACAAGGAGGAAGGCACUGGCCUUGGGUUCAGCUUGGCAGGAGGAGUGGAUCUAGAAAACAAGGUGAUUACGGUUCAUAGAGUGUUUCCAAACGGGUUGGCCUCCCAGGAAGGGACAAUUCAGAAGGGCAAUGAGGUUCUUUCCAUCAACGGCAAGUCCCUCAAAGGGACCACACACAAUGAUGCCCUGGCCAUCCUCCGCCAAGCUCGAGACCCAAGGCAAGCUGUGAUUGUCACGAGGAAGCCGACUCCGGAGGCCAUGCCCGACCUGAACUCCUCUACUGACUCUGCAGCCUCAGCCUCUGCAGCCAGUGAUGUUUCUGUAGAAUCUACAGAGGCCACGGUCUGCACGGUGACACUGGAAAAGACCUCUGCAGGGCUGGGCUUCAGCCUGGAAGGAGGGAGGGGCUCCCUGCAUGGAGACAAGCCUCUCACCAUUAACAGGAUCUUCAAAGGGGCAGCCUCGGAACAGAGUGACACAGUCCAGCCAGGAGAUGAAAUCUUGCACCUGGCUGGCACUGCCAUGCAGGGCCUCUCACGGUUUGAAGCCUGGAACAUCAUCAAGUCUCUGCCGGAUGGACCUGUCACGAUUGUCAUCAGGAGGAGGAGCCUCCAGACCAAGGGGACCACAGCUGCUGGAGAACCCUAGGCAGGACAUACUGAAGCCAAAGCCAAUAGCACGCAGCUCCCAUGACUGCUGAUUCUCAGGGUCUCUGCUGCCCACCCCACCUGGAUGGGGAAGAGCACAGGUGUGCUUCCCUGUGGCUGCUGCCCAGGCCCAGACCUUGUGGGAUACCACUCAGCAAAAGGGUUGUCCCAAGAGUAAGGGCAGAGUCACACGGGGGUGGCUGAUACAAACUGUAGACUGUGUAUAGAGAGAGCUUAAUGAAAAUAUUGUGGUGCCAUAAAUAAAAUGGAUAUAUUACAAUUUGAUAUGA